AUGGAUUCGAGUAUUAUGGAGAUCGAUUCAAAAGUGGUCUCAGCCGGGUUCGACGCGGCGGAGACUAUGGAAGAACCAGAGAAGCAGACUAGCCUAUCAAGAACCUACCUUCGGGACGGCAAAUCCAUGAACAAGACGCUGGCGGACGUGAAGGAGUACCGAAACGCCUAUGUGUUCGUGGUGGACAUGCCGGGGCUGAAGUCGGAUCAGAUAAAGAUAAGGGUUGAGGAAGAGAAGGUGAUGGUGGUGAGCGGAGAGAGGAAGCUGGACAAGGACAAGGACGAGAGAGACGGCGUGAGGAUUUUGAGAAUGGAGAGGAAGCGUGGGAAGUUGAUGAAGAAGUUCGAGUUGGCGGAGAAUGCUGAUCUUAGUGCUAUAUCGUCCAUGUAUGAAGACGGUGUGUUCACUGUGACUGUUGAGAAGAAGCCUAUAGUGAAGACGACAACUGUGAGGAAUAUUGUGGUUCAAGUUGGUUGA